CAGAAUUGUACUUGGAGAAUAUUGCCCGCGAUGAAGUAUAUGUACCGACAAAUGCUCACGUACAGGCAAAAGAGAGAUUGAACAAGUCAGGAUGUCUCAUUCUAAGCGGGCUUCCUGGAGAAGGCAAGACGACAAUGGCUACCAAAAUCAUUUCAGAAACCAUUAAGCCGGGACGCUGCUUGAAACUAAGAGUACCCUCAGAUUGGAGACAUAUAGAUUUAAGCAAAGAUCUAUUUGACACAAUUUUCAUCGAUGAUAUAUUUGGGGCAGGAGCGUUAAACGAACAGUUAUUGAAAGGAUGGACGACAUUUCUACCUGAUUUAGAGCAGGCUGUACGGAAGAAGAAAAUAGCUGUGGUCAUAACUACUCGACAUUACAUCUUAGAAGAAGCAAGAGAAAAAAUGCGUCGGUUGAAUCUGUUCAAAGAUGAAAAGGUGCAACUUCUGACUUCCUCCGAGUUAACACAGUCUGAACGGACAGACAUUCUUGAGGCUCAUCUAAAGCAUUCUAACAGGCAGUUUGGUUCUACUCUUAUAGAAGACUGUAAUAUUUCAUAUAACACUUCUUUCAGGAACUUACAUUAUCAGUUUCCGGACCAUGUCAGCGAAACAGGGGAAUUAAGCGAAUACCUUCGUGCCGGAAAGUGGACAAGAAUUAGGGCUAUGGUAGGAUUUCCCGAAAUUGCUCAUUUAUUUUCGAAUAAUGAUCAGGUAUUUCAACGAGGAGCAUCCUUUUUUGAACAGCCUCUUACAUUUUUCAGAAAAUGCAUGGAAGAUCUCUUCUUGGAUGAAGAAAAGUUCUUAUCACUGAUCUUGGUUUGGGCAAGACCUGAUCAAAAAUUACAAAUUCUAGAGUUCAAUGAGAUAGAAAUGUCGAAUGAAAUUAGUAUGACUGCUAAAAGAUUUGGUUUCAAAUUAAAAGGCAAGCUGCUAAGAUUGCUCAAAAAAUCACUUAACUACCAUAAGGACGGUUUCCUGAAGUUUGAGCCUCAGACCGGCAUUUAUUCUUUUUGUCACAACAUUGUUAAAGAUAUGGUUGGUCUCGUCGCAGGGCAAGAAUUCCCAGAUGAAGUUCUUGAGUAUGCCAGUGAAGAUUUUAUCAUGCAAUAUGUCACAACUGAUCAAGAAAAAAAUGACGGAUUCCACAUAUUGAUUGAUGAAUUUCGAUUUAGCAAGCUCAACAGCGUUAUAUGUAAACUCUUGAUGCGUAAGCCUUCUCCAACGGAAGUCAUAUAUGAACUCUUACCACUUGACUUUGAAAUAGCUAAAAUAUGUAGUGUAGAACGAACAAACGUUCCUGACAUGCCAAUGGAAUUAGGAGAGGAUACCAUGAAUACAUCUGUUUUGAAACAUGACUGUUUCGCAAAUAAAGCAUACGUAGUUAGGUUCCUGGAAAGUAACAUGGGUAGGAACAUUUUGCCAACGUCAAGCUUAACGAUAACUGGGCAGUUUGGCUAUUACGGUAUAGACUUUGGAGAACAAAAAAUCCAGGUGUUUCUUCCAUCACAUGCUUUGCUUUAUGGCAAUUUUGUGUUGUUAGAGGAAUUCCUUAAGAAGGAGUUCAGUUCAGUUAUAAAAAAUACCAGUGAGUUUCUGUACGUUUCAUUAUUACUUGCGUCUCAUCAAGGAAUGACAAAUAUUGUUGAAAUGCUACUGACGUACGGAGCUACAGUGAAUGAGGACGCCAUAUUUAUAGCAGCUGAAAAACAACACGACGAUACUCUUAACUGUCUACUCGAAGCCAGAGGAGAAAACUACAUAACACAGUCAAACAUCAUUAAUAAAAAUAGCCCCUUGAUAGCAGCAGCGAAGAAAGGAGCGACAUUGUCAGUUCAAACGCUUAUUAAUCACGGUGUAGACAUCGAAUACAGAAAUUCUAAUAAUAUGACAGCUUUUGAAAAGGCAAUUCUUUACAAGAGACCGGAUGUUUGUAAAAUAUUGUUGGAAAGCGGUGCUCCUGUGAAUUAUAAGACCGGAAAGUUCAAACGAACUCCACUCCACAUAAAUGCAGACGUUGGCGGGAAAAAUAUAACCGAGUUAUUGCUUCAACACGGUGCUUCAGUAAACGCAAGAGAUUACAGAGGGCAUUAUCCGAUUCAGUGUGCUGCAAUACGUGGAAACAAACACAUAGUGGAUACCUUGUUGAAAUGGGACAAGUCACAGGCGUUGUUCAGACUACGAUCCUAUGGAAAGAAAUCUGUAUUAAAUGGUAUGGACUUAGUCCACAUUGCUGUGUGGAAACAAAAUCCGGAACUAUUAGAUGUUCUCAUAGAAAACAAUGUAAAUGUCAAUGCACGCGACUUUUAUGGUAGAACACCCUUUUAUCGCGCAGUAUUUCAACAUUUCACAUAUUUAUAUGAUUCAGAAGAUGAAUUUGAAGAAAAUUCUGAAAUUAUCAAAAGGCUUUUGAAUGUAGCAGACGUUCAACAACCAGAGAAGAAUGGAUUCACACCCUUACAUGCAGCAAUACAUAAAGGUCAUACAAAUGUAGCUAAGUUAAUUUGUCCACAGGCAAAUGUAAAUGCCCAAGACAGGUUUGGAAAAACAGCUUUACACACCGCUUGCGAAAAGUUUAAUUUUGAAAUGUUUAAAACCCUUGUUGAGGAGUUCAAUGCAGACGUACGUAUGCUUACUAAGAAAGGAAAGACCGUCAUGCAUAUUUUGGCGGAACAAACUAACUUGAUGAGAAUCCACAGCAGAACAAUGAAAUUGGGAGAAAUGGGAAAAGUUCCACUGGAAGUACGAUACUAUUUGGUAGUCCAAAGGAGUCCACUCUUGAAAAACUUUGAGAGCGUUGUAGCUAGAAAAAAUCCAGAGUUUGCUCUCAGAUGGGCAUCUUAUUCGAAUCAGUAUUUUAGCCACUGAUUAUCUUUUGUUUAUACAUGUAAGCAAAUGAUUGUUGAAAGGUGAUGAAGAUAACAGAAACAUAAGCUAUGGAUAUAUGUGUGCUUACUUUUUAUGUGUUAAAGGAAAGUGUAAAUGUUGCAACAUUCACACAUAGACUGAACCCAAAUUAGUAUACCUGUUGUUCAAUAUCACAAAUAUUAUUUAUAUACAACGCCUGGAAAACGCCCUUUAUCAACAAAUAGCUGCUCAUUAAAACACGGUUAAAGAGUCUUGAAUGAAAAUUUAAACUUUAUAUGAAAACAUUAAUUUAUUAUCAAAGUAGAUAAGUGUUAUCUUAUAAACUGAACAGGUGUACUUUUGAUAAUUUUGGACCAAACUUUCUUAAUAGAAGCGGCAAUAGUAGGAGAAUAGCCGUAUUUGAUUUAAAAACAGUUAUGAUGUCUGUCACUUCGUGUUGAAUAAUUUAUACUUUUGUUCUUUCUCACAGUCUUGUAAAAUGACUUAUGUUUUAUGAUAACACAGUAUGACGACAGUAAAAAUAAGAACACUUCUAUACUUAACUUAUAUUUUUGAUAUAUAAUAGUUCCAAUGUCAAAGAAUUUGAAUAAUGAUAUCAUAAAGCCUGAUUUCUUGCAACUGUUUUAUCCAGAGUAUUAUCUUCAUGGCAACUGUUUCAGUUUCUAAUGAAAUAGACAAAAGGAAAUUACCUAAAGCAUAAAUGAUAUUGAAUUCCUGUAAAAAAUGUCUUGGAAAGAUCCUUUGGGAACAUUGAACGUAACCAAGCAACAGAAUAGCAGGUAUGAUAUCAAUGUGAAACACCCCUCCAGCCCACUAGCACUGGUUCAAGUGGAAUACAGGGAGACUUUUUUACAGCCGCCACACGGCGCUGAAAGAUUUGUUAUGGUAGUAGAUGACUUCAGUGAAAAGUUUUUUUAGAAGCGUAGAACACAGCAAGUCAACAUAAUAGCAGAAUCGGUUUGAUGUCUGUUUAUGAGAGGCAAUGACAUGUGCAACACCCCUAGCACCCCUCCUAGCACCGGCUAGAAAAUUUAUUAUGAAGUGAAUGUACUUCAUUGUCCGUAAUGGGCAAAUAGACAAGAAAAUGCUACAACUUUAUUAUUGUACCAUAUUCAGAAAACACUAUCUUAAUUUGCAAACAUUUUAUACGUUCAAAUAAGCAUUUUUAUGCCCCGCAACGGAGAGACUAGUAAUCAGUCUGUAUGUCUGCCUGCCCUUCUCCGAUUGAUAACCGACAAACGCUUAUAUCUACAUGCGUCAAAUGUUAAAGGCGGAUUGCCUGUGGUGAUUAAAGGGUCAGUAAAUCAAAGGUCAAGGUCACAGUUACCUUAAGACUGAAGACGCACAACGGACGACGCACACCGCAUGACGACAGACGCUGGACAAUGACCGGUCACAAUAGCUCACCUUGAGCACUUGUUAAAAAGACAUUUUUGAAGCGAGCUCUUCAUAUUGCGUAACUUUGCACAUAUUUUCUGCUGAUUAUGUAGCUGACGAUGACUUCAUUUUGGGUUUGCUCUCAUUAUUGUUUUUCAGUUCAGUGAUUUUACACAAUAUAAGAUAGCAAAUAAUGUACGUUUACAUUAGCAUAAAUACUGUUACUGUUGCAUGCUAUAUGCGUUUACAUUUGAUAUUGAUUUAAAAAUAUUAUUCUCAGUCAUAAAAAUUUAGUAACCCCAAACAAAAUGAAAGAUAUUAAGCAAUUACAAGGAAAUGAUA